UACAGAGAGUGGAACACAAGUGCAAUCAGAUUAGUCUGAUCUUGUCUCUGAGCUCUUAGACACAAUGAAAGCGCUCUCAGGCCCUGGUGCUUUAUGUGAUCGAUCACGCUGUACACCGGGCAUGGAGGCUUGAAAUCCUACAUACAUGCUUAGCUCCUGUCUUGAAAAGGACUGCUGCUCCUUAUACUAUACAUUAACAUCAUGAAGCUACACUGGCUCCCAGUACGUGUGAUGCUGUGGUCAACUAUGUGUUCAUUCACAGCAAAUGUCAAAGCAUCACCAUGUGCUGAGAUCCGCACUCUAUCUGCAGUGGUUCUGAGUGGCUCUCCAGUCACAGCUUCCUGCUACAUCAAAGAAGACUGCCCACUAACAAAAAGAGCAGAUUUUCGUGUGGAAUGGCCUUACAAAGCUAAUUUAAGCUAUGCUAGUGUGACCAGUCAUGAAGAGAGGGUCUACCAAAUCCUCAUAUCCAACCUCACAAACAUGAUAGCCAUGCUGGAGUGCGCCAUCUGCAUUCAUGAAGACUGCAAUGUAGUGGCCGGGAUGGAAAUCAAAGCAGCAUAUCCUCCUCCUGCCCCCCGAGAUUUAACCUGUGGGUUAAAUCUGACUGAACAAUACUCACUGUUGUGCACUUGGGACCCUGGUCAGGAAACUUCCAUUCCAACAACCUAUAAACUCCACACAGAAAUCAGAGAUUAUGCACAGAAGUUUGUCUAUAUUCCUCCACCUGGAAAGCAUUUCUUCAGAAUCCCUCGAGUCGGCUUUGCAUUGUUUAAUGAUGUACAAGUUCAGGUGGUGGCAGAGAAUGCCCUGGGCCGAGCCACCUCUGAGCCUUUGGUGCUGGACCCCAUGGAAACCGUAAAACUGGAUCCACCAGAGAUACAGACAGUCACGGCAGAGACCUAUGAAUGCCUUGGUCUGAGAUGGAGUCUCUCGAAAGCACAAGAAUGGAUUACCAGGAAUUUAAAUGUUGAGAUCAGAAUGAAACCCAUGAGCAACAAAGUUUUGAACAGAGAGCAUAUAAUCUCCAAGAACAGUAAAUCUAGAAAAACAGUACAGACGUGUAAACUGCUUCAUGGGAUGAUGUACCAGUCUGAGAUGAGAGUGAGGUAUAACAGCAGUCCCUGGAGCGAGUGGAGUCGUCCCUCAGUGGCUACCACACGCAUGAAGGCUCCCACCGGCCGACUGGUCACAUGGCUGAAGCUUCUAGGGCAACCAGCAAACAGGCAGUAUGAAGCAGAGCUGCUUUGGAAGCCAUCUUUGCAGUUCCGUGCCAACAGCAUGAAUGUGUCUUACGUCGUCUCAUUUGUGAGACCACCUGGAAGGAAGGAAGAAUUGUGCAUCACAGACCAGCAACACUGCUCUUUCUCAAUCCCUGUCGAUAUCAAAAGGAUCCAACUGACAGCCGUGAACACAGCAGGGAAAUCCAGCCCGACUGAUGUGACAGUGUACAAAUGGAAAGGUCGGGAUCGUGCCAUCAAUCUAAAAGCUUUUCCAGUAUCUGAAGAAUCUAUAUUCACAAACUGGUCAAGCCCAAAAUCUUCAGCCAUCAGUGCCUAUGUGUUAGAGUGGAAAGCACUGCAUGAGGGCAUUUUUACUACAGUCUCCUUUGAAAUUGUGAACAAAAAUCAGUCUGCUCUGGUAUUUCCAGGUCUGGAGCCCUACAAGCCCUAUCAUUUUUCAAUAUAUCCGAAGUAUAAGGACGUUAUUGGUCAGCCUUCUUCUGUUGUGGCUUACACAAAAGAGAAAGCCCCCCUUGAAUCUCCGGAUCUGAAGAUCGGAGACCUCAGACCUUCAUCUAUCGAGCUACUUUGGGAUGAACUUCCACUGCAGAAGAGAAAUGGAAACAUUACCAGCUAUACUGUUUUCUACUGGGAUAAGAAGAACAAGACAGGAGAGGCCAAGGUCACAGAGAGGCGGGUUGUUCUGAAAGAUCUCAGUCCGUAUUCUGUCUACAGCGUGCAGCUCAUGACUAGCACAAAUGGCGGGAGUGUGAAUGGGUCUGUUAUCUCAGUGAUGACCCCAUAUGUUGAUGCCAUUGAAAUAGUGCUGAUUGUAAUCCCGGCCUGUGUCGGACUGGCACUGCUUUUCCUGACAGGGAUUACCUGUUUCAGCAAUGAUAAAUGCUUGAAAAAGUGCUUGUGGCCGAUGAUUCCUGAUCCAGCCAAUAGCAGUAUUAAAAAGUGGACAUUGACUGACUCAAUGCAGGACAUUCCCCCUCUGAAAGAGGUCAAGGACCCUGUGCCGGUACAUCUUUCCCACUUCAGUCUCCUGAGCCUCUCUGAGACAGAGUUAUGGAAGGGAAACACCCCAAUAUCUGAAUACCCCCACUGUGGAAAGUGGACUUACACUGGUAAAAGUGUUGAUGAGGAGCACUCUGACUCAUCCCGUGAUUCAGGUAUCUAUAACUCUGGAUCUCAGAGUGAGUCUGUGCCCUAUGCUACAGUUGUGUUUGCCAAUCCAUAUCGCACCCAGCCAGCAGCUCCACCUGCCUACCUGCGCUCAGAGUCCACACAGCCUCUCCUAGCUGAAGAGGAGCCUUCCAGUCCUCAACCAUAUGAACAAAUGGCAACCCAAGGGACAGUCUAUGAAGCAGAGCACUUUUCUGCAGUUCAGGAGGAUUUAAGAAGAGAAGAAGAAAAUGAGUCACAUUGGGAAGACUUUCCUAUGCUCCAGUCCUUGGAAAUCAAUGACAUUAAUAAUCAGGGAUGAUUUUUAUGUAUGAUAUACAUUCUGUCGUAAAGAAAAAUGCUAAUCUGUAGCUGUCAUGGUGCCUUUUGCAAUAUAAGGAAUUUAUUUCGAAAUGUAAAAUGUGCAUAUAAGGCCCUGUUCCUACCUGGUUUCAUUUUUGCCUGGUUUCAUUCUUGUUGUGUGUGUGUGUGCAGUAUGCUGCAAAGGUUUAGAUGUAGCAGGAAAGGAGAUGAAGAAAGCUGCUUUAUUAUCUGCUAUACUCUAUAGCAUAAAAAAUAAAGGUGCUAUAAAGCAUUCUUGGAGCGAUGCCACAGAAGAACCAUUUCUGAUUGCAUUAAGAAGAUAUAUUCUGUAAAUAAGAUACAUGUGGGAAGAACCUUCUAAAUGUUUAAAGUGUAGUUUAAAAUGUUUGUUACUUUUUAAGAUUUAGGGAUCACUCUGGUGUGGAUGUGUAGUAGCACCUAGCAUUGAAUCUUGUGGUUUAAGGACUCUAACGUCCUCUCUUUUAGCAUACCAGCUCUGUUCAGUUCAAAUUCUGCAUUUCAUAGGUUUAACAAUGCAUGAAUGAGCAGAUGAAGAGGUUAAAGAAGAUUGCUGCAGUUUUGCAAUUAAUACAUUUGGCUUUGCAGGAAUGGAGGUAUAAGCACAUUGAGGUACUUUAAUUUUAUAAAUACUGCUUUACAUUUAUAGAAAAAAAUAUUAUGGACUGCUGCUUUAAAAAAUUUUCUCAUUCACAUUUCUGUGAUAAUUUUUUUUUUUUAUUAUUAUUAAAAGUUGUUCUUGAACAUAUUAAGGUGUUUUGGCAGCUUAAUGUGUCCCUGGUAUGUAUCACUGAUCAAGCCCCCAUUGACCACUGUACUUAGUGUUGUCCACUUAUGAUCAGAUCACCCUAAACAUAUACUACUGUCAGGAGUGAAAGGGUCAACAAUGUUUUUUGUUUAUUAACUGAUAACCAUUAGAGAUAAACAAUAUCACGGUGUUUUAUAUUUGAUAUUUCUGACCCCCAAUCCAACUUCUUUCUGCUGCUACAUUUUGAUAUGAAUGUCAUUUCCAAAAGCAAUAUAUUAUCUUUUGGCUUAUACAUUACCUGAUAAUAGUUAAAUGCUGAAACUAUAAAGUAUUUUUUGCUUUGAAGACUGCAGAUGAAAAUGUACACUGUAAAAUGGUUUGUUCAUUUUGCCACAUUAUGUCUAAGGUAAACAUACCUUGGUUGGUAACAAGCUAUGUAAUUCCACUCAAAUAACUCUUAGGAUUAAUUUUAAGUGUUUAAGCUGAAUAAUCCUUUUAAACGUUUUUGAUAGUUAUAAUUUUACAGGUUGUAGGUCUCACAUUGUAUUGUCCUCAGUUACUAAAAAUAGCAUAUAUUGAGCUGCUGAUUGUCUUCAUGUUUAGCUUAGCACACUGAUUAGCAAGGAAAGACAAUUUAAAUAAAAAUACUUAACCUGCUCUUUUUACCCAGCCUUUUUCAAUGAUCCCAUAUGCUCCAGUAGAAAUCCAUUAAAAAGACAGAGCUAGCAAGUCUCUGACUGCAGUACCCAUCUUUCAGUGAAUUACCAUUAAGUUACUUGUUUUUUUUCUAAUGUUCAUUAUGUGGGAGCAAGCUGUAACUAUAUGGACCCUAUAGUAAUGGAUGCAUUCAGGACAUGUCAUGUGUAAUUGGUCAAUUAGUAUAAUCACUGACCUACAUAAUGGAACCUAAUGAUCCAACAUUCGAAACUCAUUGAGUGAAGCUAGCAUGCCCUCCAUGAUAAGCAGUGCACAGAGGCUGUAAUUUAACCCAUUGUUAACCAACCCAAAGGAUAGAAAAUUAAUUUUAUUUUCUAGUUCUGAUUUAGGUCUACUUAGGUCUGCACUGCAGUUAGGUCCCGGUGCAUCAGACAGGCUUUUCUAGUAGCUGUGGGAUUGAUUUGUAUUUUUGAUCUCUAAGAGUAUUUGGUUACUUUGUAUCACUGAGACCAGACCACAUCAUUUCUUUAAUAUAUAUUUUUUAAUAAUAAAAAUGAUGUUUUUUUUU